UUUUCAUACAGGUUGAGUGAUAACUAUAUACUUUUACAAUGAUAGAAUAAAACUUUUUUUAGCAGUGACUAUACAUUACUUUUAACACAUAUUUGGAGAAUUUCAAAUAGCAAAAUGUUUGCCAAAUUCUAGAAUAUCCAUUUGAUUAAAAAAAACAGUCCGAUCAUUGUGAAAUUGAAUUCUUUCCAAAUUACUGCAUUUUAUUCAAUAAAAGAGACAAAUCUUGAGAACAGACAACACUAAAAUUUUAACAUUUACUUAAAUCCCUUUUGAACUGAAUACUUCCCAAAUUGUAUCUGCAGUUUUGUCUACAGAAAUGAUUGAGCAACGUAACCACAUUGGUGAAACACAUAGGAUUCUUAUCUAUACAGAUUUAGCUCAAGGAACAGAGAUGACACAGAUCUAUACCAUUUCUUCAAAAGAUACAGUAAAAGAUGUUAUCAAACAGAUACUUGCAAGAAAUCAUUUGAGUUUGAAGGAUCCAAAUUUAUUUUAUCUUACCUUCAGACGUCAAUCUAGUCAUGAAAACAAAAAAUGUAUCAAUUCACAGAGGCGAAUGUUUCAGAGUAAUGUAUACGAAGAAAAUCUACAAUUAUCAACAGCUUGGCCAUUACAAAUAAAUCAAAAAGAAGUUGAUGUUACUCUGUAUAGCGAUGCAAUACUGUCAAGAACUUUAGAUUUAACCAAAGACAACAGGUUAACUCUACAUAUGCAAACAGGUGGAGUACUGAAGGUCUACGACAGCUGCUUUUCGAACCCAGCAUCCAUUAGACAAUUUCACAUAGCAAAAACAACAUGCAGUGAAGAGUUGAUUGAUCUGAUACUAACUGUUGCGGGUUCAAGUGAUCCAGUAAAUGAUUAUUGUCUUGUGGAAGAAGGCACAAAUGAAGAAAGUCGGAUUUUGCGUCCUAAAGAUUACCCCUUAUUAAUUAUUCAGAGUACCCAGUCAUCUGGUAUGUUGGUUCUACGUAAACGAGAAGAAGCGCUAACAAUGGGUAAAAGGCGUUCAAGUUGGAUAAGCAAAACAAAACCAUAUUUCAGGCGUUCAGCAUUUGACAGGAGUUCACGUACACCCUCACCAGUAAAACUAUCACUCACACAACGGUUAAAUCCGUUUCCCUGUAUUUUCAAAGGUAAUUCAAGGAGUCGUACAACUGAAAGCUUCAAUUCUGAACCACUUCCAUCAUUUGAAAAAAGUCAAUUCAUAGAAUCUGAGAAAAAAACAAGUCAACCAAAUGGAAAUGGAUACUUCCCUAAACCUUCGAAUACUCAAACAAAAAUGUCGUCUUUAAUGGGGCAAAACAACAAGGGGGAUAAUCAAGACAGUUUUACAGUUUUCGACUCACCAACCGGUCAAAAUAGUUCUAAUGAUUCAGGAAUUACUACUCAUUCAUCGACUAUCAAUAAGACAUUUCCAACAAAUCAUCAAGCAGUGAACACUGAUCCGAAUGCUUCGGAGUGGUCCCUAGGACCAUCGGAAUCCUUUUUAAUGAACCACAGCGGAAAAUGCACUUCAACCACUCCACCUCUACCACCGAAAUCAGCGCAUCAUCGGGCAAGAUGUUGUAAUGGAUUGAAAGAUCAAUAUUUAAAUGCCAGUUCACAUGACUUUUGUAACCAUCACUUGGUUGAGCCACCAAGGCCACAUAGUCGAAAUCUCUCAUCUUCUGAAAAAGAUAAGAAAUGUAGGUCCGAAAAGAGUGCAUCACCUAUUUUAGCACUUGAUGCGAAUGGUAUAUGCGAAAACAGACAAAAUGCUGUAAGAUUCCAAGAAAAUGUCAAUGGCCUUUACCAGUGUGCAAAUGGAAAUGACUGUCCUUCAGAAGAUUCUACUAUUAGUGACUUUAAACCUAAAGAUCACCUUGAAAGAGCGGAAUCUAGUGAUUCAGUAAAAACCACGGUCCCAGUGGAUUGGGACAGCAAAACAACGAUUCAUCAGCAGAUAUCUGAUGGAGCAGUACCAGAUGCAGCGUAUGACAACAACUACAGAAAUUUAAACACAGAAUACGACGUUCCUGCUGAUAAUUCUAUCGACAGAAGAGAUUCAAGUCCUUCAUCUCUCUUGCUUGAUAUAUAUGAAAAGCUAAAAUGUUUUAACAAGUCAAGAAGUCGUUGCUCCUCUCCUCAGAAGCCUCCUUUGGCAUUAAAUAGAACACAGGUGGCUAACAUACAACAGUACCAAGAAAGAAUGGUCCAAACAGACGAAAGCUCCCGAAACACUAGUAGGGAACCACUUAUUAACUCACCUUCAAGGAGUUACCACGAAAUGAAUGGCGAUUAUGAUGCAUCAUUUAACGAUCUUUUCCAUGUGAAAACCCCUACAAAUGAAAUGAAUUCACAUGCUUCUCCAUGCCGUAUGUAUUCACCAGCUAGCCUUACUUUAUCUGCACAUAUUAACAAUGAUUCAAGCAAAUCGUGGAGAGUGAUAGAAAAUAAAAGUUUUGAAACAUUCACUUCAAAUCACAGUGAUGAAGUUUUCAGUCCAGAUAAAAAGCAUCAAAUCGUGUCCAAUGGUGUUCAUACUUUACAGAAUGGAAAUCACAAUACACAGUCUUCUCUUAUGAUUGCUUCUCAGUUGAACGACUCAGAUGUGAAUGUGUCCAGUGUUUCAAGAGAAAAUAUGCUUACCUUAGCAGCUGAAAUACCGACACAAUUAAAUAUAUCCCAACAAUACGGAAUGCAGCUUAAUCUAUCACCGAAUCAUUUUAUCCCCAAUAAUAUUUUGCCAUUUCCCUCUCAACAGCAUUCACCCACUCUGGUACAAAAGCUUUUUACGUAUAAUUUUGAAGCUAUGCGCAAUUCUACCAGUCGAUUGUCUUCAUCAGAUGUUUCUGCCAUGGGUGAUGAAAAAAUAAUCUCACUGAAAGAAAAUGCCCUAACAAAUACAAAACCAGCAAACAGUUCAUCAAAGAAAACAAAUCAUAAAGGAGCUAAUAUCCUAGUACAUGGGUGCACGAAAACGCGUGCCACAACUUUUAAUACAGACUACUCUGAAUCGUAUCCAUCGCUUUUUGAUGUUUUACAUCACUGUGAUAUAUAUCGGGUAUUGUUAGACCCGAAUCUUCCAAGUUUAAGUGAUCAACUUGGUCUACGUUUAUGCUUAACUAAAUUUCCUUUGGAUGAUGUACAGCGAGCUGAUACACUUCAAAAACUACAAUAUAGUGAUAAGUAUGGUAAAAAAGAUUCAAAUGAAAGUAUCAAUUCUGUUCACUCGAGUAAUCGUUUAAAUGGUUCAAAACCACGAGUGAGAUCACCUAAUAGUGGUACUUUCCCAACAGUAGAUAUACAACAAGCGGAAUUAUCAUUUGAUGUGGUAACUAUUGAAAGUAUUGAACCUGAUUCACCUGCAAGUUUUGAAGGUAGUUUAGCUCCAGGUCACAUAAUACUAGAAGUCGAUGGUAAAGACUUACUCCGUCCUCAUUACCUAAAGGAUGUACAUGGAAAUCGGAUGAAUGUUCUUGAUGUUGCUCGAAAUCAACUUCGAAAUGCUCGUCAGGCGGCAUUAACUGCCGAGAUUCCUCCUAUUCGUAUUACGGCAGCUCAGUAUCAUUCCAAUUUUGGUUCAGCUAAUGCUGCAAAUAAUCUGGAACGUUUCAAUUCAUCGAUACGUUCUAAAAAUGAAGCGAAUAAAAGAAAAUACUCUUUAUUGAACCAUCAGACAAUGAAUAGUAUAAGCUACGAGAAGCAGAACCUAACUAACGGUGACUUACCAGUACGUGAAUCACACGACGAAAAUACUAAUCAAACACAUGAAAGUAAUCAAUCAUUGAGAAAGACUUCGGAAGAAAUUGACGAUAUAAACAGUAAAUCAGUCUCUGAGUUAACAGACUUUAGUGAAGAUGGAGUCAAUUCGUUAAAAAGUAAACUGAUAUGGUUUCCGCAUCGUAGAGAUGAAUACCCAUCCCAAUCACCAUUUGAUCCAAGAAGCCAUGAAUUUUUUGUAAAUCUAUGAAAUCAACUGUCAGUCAUUGAAUGCUGAUACCAAAUAUUAUCUUUUUUCAUUCAAAAGAGAAAUUAUGAGAAUAAUCAAAACACGGAAUUGAAAAAUUUGUUAAUUUCUUAAAAAAGAAUUUUAGUAUUACAAUAUGGUGUACGACUUUUAUUUCCUG